CGAUGCUCUGCUCUGCCACAGAGGCCCUGCUGAGCUGGGGAGGAUGGACACGCUGCGCAGGAGCCUGUCCCGGUGGAAGAGGUACCACAUCAAGGUGCACCUGGCCGAUGAGGACCUGAUGAUGCCCCUGACGGUGCGGCCCAGGGACACCGUGAUGGACUUGCGGGCUCUCCUGGUCCGGGAGGGCAUCACCUCCUGGAAGAAGACGUUUUAUUACAACUCCAGGCAGCUCGAGGAGCAUGAGACCCUCAAGGAAGCCAAUAUCCAGAAUGGUUCUGUCCUGCUCCUUGUCAGCAAUAAAAGAUAAUGCCAAAGAGCAGAGCCCAAGCCAUGAGGGAGUGUGACAAGGGCUGAAGGAAGCAGAUGGAAGAGAGCUGGCCCAUGGAAAGGCAGCCUGGCCACCAGUGUUGGUAAGUCCCUCCUGCAAGCCAGCUCAAGGACCGUUCAGAAAGCAGCUCCGAGUGUUUCCAGCAUGGUGCCCAUGAAUAAUUAACCCAAACAAAACAACCAACAGUGUUCCCUCAUCAGCGUGCCAUGUGGACCCAGCUGCCAACGGAGGAGGAGUGUGGUGAGACUGACUCAGCUCCUGAGAGCAGCGAAUCAGUGAAAUGCCCAGGAAAAGGGAAUUUCUGGGCAAUGGAGCUGAGGUGGGCUUUGCUUAGGGCCCCAGAUGGGACAUGGGACAUCUGAGCCUCCUCCUGACUCCUCCUCAGGAUUCUGCAAGCAGGAAGAGCUGGUUUGGGUUGCUGUCCUUCAAAUGAUGCAUCUCAUCACGUGGCAAGGAGUAGGCAAAAACCACCUAGAAAGAGCCACAGGACCAGCAUAAAAAGAGGUGUGGACGAGCCCAAGGAGCAGCACUGGAGGUGUGUUAGGAAGGUGUGUGCUGCAGGAUGGAGAAGUUUGCACCCUCACAGUGCUGCUCUGUGCCCGGGACUGCUGAACUCUGGGAUCCUGCUGCUGAUGGAGCAUCACAGACGUGGGAAUACCCAAAUAUUGGACUGCUGUCCACCUCCUCCUCCUUGGAGCUGCAGCCAGAGCAGCUCCUCCUCCUCCUGCUGAGCAGAAGACAAGCCCAGGCAGGUCAUCCCCAGCAGCAGCUGAGCUCCAGGCAGGCAUCUCAGGUUGGGACGUGUCUCAGUGGCUCCUCUGUGCUCCUCCUGCACCUGAGACAGGCGUGCAUCAAAUGGUUCAGCUCACAGGCCCAUCAGCCUGGCAGCUUUCCUGGCUAAAUUUGCUUUUUAAAGUUCCAUCAGCGUUGUAUCCAGAGGGAACGGGGGAACAGAUGCAGCUUGUGCAGUCUGGCUUUAAUUCACCCACAACAUUGAAUUUCCUGCCCUGCCUGCUGAUCAAUGAGUCUGCGCUGGCAGCUCUGGGAAUACCACGGGUUUUUCUGCAUCCAGGGGAAUUCAGCACGGUGGCUGAGCUGCCAGGGUCUCAGGCAGGCUGUCCCUGUCCUUUGGGCCCCUUCAUUUUGGAUUUCCCUCCCCCAGAACCCUCGCAGACCCUCUCCAGCUGCUGCUCAUUCCCUUGCAGGGCACAGGGGCAGCUCUGGGCCAUUGUCCCCCAUUGUCCCCCCAGCCUGGUGGCAUUUUCCCCUGGAAUGUGAGUGCAAUACAACACUGGAAAUGUUCUCUGUGAGGGUGUUCACAGGGGCCCAAGGAUGAGGGAAGAGAUGAGGAUCUAACUCCAUGUUUCAGAAGGCUUGAUUUAUUAUUUUAUGAUAUAUAUUACAUUAAAACUAUACUAAAAAAAUAGAAGAAUGGAUUUCAUCAGAAGGCUGGUUAAGGAUAGAAAAAGAAAGAAUGAUAACAAAUGGCCAGCUGACUGUGAUUGGCCAUUAAUUAGCAACAACCACAUGAGACCAAUCACAGAUGUACCUGUUGCAUUCCACAGCAGCAGAUAAUCAAUGUUUGCAUUUUGUUCCUGAGGCCUCUCAGCUUCUCAGGAGGAAAAAAAUUAUCAACUAUUACAAACUCUAAAACAACAAUUCAAUGUUAUAAUACUUAAUAAUUAUAUAUUUUAAUAUAUAUUAAUUAUGUACAUAACCUAAUUAAUUCCUAAGUAUUAUCAAUUUCUUCUUGAUAAUUAUUAUUAUUAUCAAUUUCUUUCUUGUCACUACAUACAUUAUUUUUACUCUAAUGUUUCCUCAUAACAAAAAAAUAUUAAUAGUAACAACUCAUGUAAUAAACAUGGACCCCAAGAGAUCUCUGAGCUACACCAGGAGUAGCAACAACAACUUUGCUUCUGCAAGCCCAGCUCAGGUCAGAGGAGUGCAGGUCAAUGUGACAGAGGAUGUGCCUAAAAUAUGAGGGUGAACUUUGCAUUUCUGAUUUGAGGGGAGCUGUUUCUUCUAUAUUUUUCAUAUAGAAAAAUCUACAUUCUGCAAGCAAGCAGCUGGGAGAGCUGGGCAGGCAAGCCCCAGGUUCUUCAAGGGGCUUAAAGAAAUAUUCUGUGGAGGAUAUUUCACUUUCCUGGCAGGUGGAAGUCUUCUAACAAUGGUGCACACAAACACAACUUUCCCAGGCAUCAUUCUGUGAAAAGUCUCAGAAGAUCAGAGAAAAGAAUGAGAAACAAUUCUUAUCUUCACUUGCUGCACCUAGUACUGUAAACAUGUGAAAUGUGUUAUAAAUAUUUGUUUACCAAUAAGGAGUUUCUUUAUUAACCAAUAGUUAUAGUGUUUUAAGUAAAAAAAAAACCAAUUAAGUCAACCUGUAGUGAAGUAGUCUCUGAAUUUCUUAAUAAAAAUAUAUUAAUAAACUUUCUGUAAUAUAUAAAGUGUAUACUAAUAUAUAUAUUGUAUAUAUCUGUAUAUAAAGUGUAUACCUGGCUGGACAAUUAGGAUCCAGUUGUAAUGCAAAUCACACCGAGGAAUAAAAGCUGUGGGGAACAACAUCCCCUAUAAAUAAA